AUGGCACCGAAGUGGGAGUGCACUAAGUGCUUGGAAGACAACAGCGACUCAGAAGAAGUCUGCGAGUUCUGUGACACUGCGCGCGAUGACGCAGACCCAGCUCGCCUUGCUCAGAGGGCUGCAGAGGAGGCCGCUGAGGAGGCAGCCCGUGCAGCCCGCGCAGCCGCCCGCGAGGCGGCGAACGAGCGUUUCGCAGCCGGCCAGCCGGGAGGAUAUGUGCCACCGGGACACCACUUUCCUACGCUGUUGCAAGAACGCCCCAAAGUUGGCGAGAUUGCAGAGGAGGGUGAUGCCGAGAUCCAGCGUGCUGCUGCGGAAUGGGCCCAGGAGCGGCGGAGCCGCUUGCGGCUCGAGCUGUCUGUCGUGGACUUCUGUGGGGCCACCGAGCGCCGCUCAAGGCUGCGAGCCCUGCAGCUGGAGCUUCAUCCUGACAAGCACGACCCAGCGCGGCAGGCGUAUGCACAGGAGAUGUUCUUGCAGGUGCAACGCCGCUGGGAGGAGGACGAGAAGAGCCGUAAGCAGCGCAAGCAGGCAGAGGUUCGGAGGGAGGAGGAGCGGCAAGCAGAGGAGGAGCGCCGCAAGCAGAGGGAGGCAGCUCAGGAGGCUGCCAGGGCCAGGGAGGCAGCCUUAAGACGACAGCGCGAGGUCGAGGAGGCGGAGGCCAAGCGCCGGCUCGACGCUGCCCGGGCCGCGGCCGAGCGUGAAGAGGCGAAGCGGCAGGCCAAGGAGGAGGACAAUGUGUUUUAA